GGGGAUUGCGUGCUCCUGCUGUUUCGUGUUCGAUAGUCGUCGUUGUCGUUACACGUUUAACCAGAAGUAUAAAGAAACUUCCUGUAUAGCAGCGUAUCGGGUUGACAUCGUGUCACGUUAAACCGUUGUCGAUUAUUUUAUGCGAGCUUUGGCGGCUCGCUUUGUUCGCGCGUGAUGAUCCGUCUCGAGAUCGCGAGCUCGCGAGUGUAUAAUAGGUGCGGCCACGAUCGUGAACAAACAACGCGGUUUCCUCGAUGAUUCCCCCGAUUGUUCCGUUCGUUCUUCACGAGAAGAAGGGAAUAGAGACUGUUCUGAAUCGAGUUCUGUGCGGUUCGAGGGAAAACGGACGGACUCGAGAAUACAUCGAAAUCUCGUAUCCGGUAUCAACGUUGAUCGAAUUAGAUUAAGGUCAACGACGGGCCGCGUACAACAGGCCAGACGAAGGUCGCGAACACCAUGGAUUGGUGGCUGCGAGGACGGAUUAUCUACACCUACUCGUUAUGGGUCGUCUUCAAGGCAGCGGCUGUUGGCGGUAUUUUCGAUUCCAUGGUGGGAGAGAUGGUCAUCGAGGCUGGGAAAAACGUGACGCUGAAUUGUCCAGGAGUGACAGAGAAUUCUCUCAUACUGAUGCUCGAAUGGAGGGUUAACAGCAUGCAGCUGCUUGAGUACAGCAGCAACACUACCAUCGUAUGGAACCAUCAGAACAGGGUGUCGUUGUCGUUGAAAAACUACGCGCUUCAGUUCCAUCCGGUCACCGCACAGGACACCGGAGAGUACACUUGCUUGGUGAACAGCCGCAGCAUGCCGGAGGCUGUUAUCAGUCUAAUAGUUCAUGAUGUGCCGGAUCCGCCGGACCGUCCUCUUAUAUCGAACUUCACGUCGAGGUCCGUGCGUCUGUCUUGGGUGGCGAGCCGUAAUUCUCAUAACAACCCUAUCCUGUACUACGUCAUCGAAACUCAAACGGGAGUAGGUGGAGCAUGGAACGCAACAGAAGAAAUCAUAACGCCAAGCAACGAUACCACCUAUAACAUCGAGAACCUGCAACCAUUUACCGUCUACAGCUUUCGUGUAUCGGCAGUGAACGCCAUGGGACGGAGCAAACCCAGCGAGGAGACUUUCCACUCCGUCACCCUUCGAGAACUGCCGACGGGAAAGCCUAUAAUUACCAGUGCUCACAACACGUCUGCCACGUCCAUUUAUUUAGCGUGGAAGGCGCCCAGUCCUGAUACCAUUCAUGGAGAAUUCCUUGGUUAUCGAAUCGGGUAUAAACCUCGAGACAAACCUUACAUGGAAGAAAAAGAAGUGUAUAUCCGUAAUCCAGCCAUAGACGUAAGUUACAAUCACACAAUCCGCAAUCUUCAAACGUACACUCAAUAUCUAGUGUCGUUGCAAGUAUUCAACCCAGAAGGGCAUGGCCCUGCGACCACUAUCUCCGUAAUGACUGACGAAGGAGUGCCAACGAAACCAUUGAAUCUAUCGUCCCACGGCAUCACAUCCACCACCAUUGAACUGUCAUGGGCCGAACCAGACUACGCCAAUGGGAUCAUUUCCGGUUAUCGCAUUUACUACAUGCAUUCCAAUUACACCGACGUCCAAAUGUACAGAACCGACGAGUAUGAUGGACCAGUCAUUGAAUUCGUUUUGAAAGAAUUAGAACCGUACACGGAAUACAAGAUAUGGGUAAAGGCUUAUACGUGGAAGAACGAGGGCGAGCCCUCGGACCAUAUCAUUCGUCGAACAGAUAUUUCAGGACCCAGCGCGCCUUUGAUCUUGAACGUUACUUGUCCGACUCACGAUUCUGUCUACAUCCAAUGGGCCAGGCCGAAUCUCUUUUGGGGUUCUAUCGAUUACUAUUUCAUCAAUUAUCGAAUCGAGAACGACAAUCGUUACGAGGAGAUCGAAAUGAUGACGGAAAAGAAUCAUCUUGAGAGCGCGAUGAUCAUACCAAACCUGACGAUGAACAGCGUGUAUGAGAUCGUGGUGCGUGGAGGCACGCGAAGCGCUAUCGACAAUCGGUUGAUUAUACGCGGAGAAGGUUCUGCUCCACAGAAGGUGCGCGGCAUUCGCGAUUGCAACAGAGCACCGCCGUUAUUGCCACACAGUACCAUAUGGUUCAGCAGCGGAGUGGUUGCCGGGGUGAUCUGCGCUUGUCUGGCGGUGAUGCUGAUGAUCACGUCCUUCGUCCUAUGGAAGCCUUGCCUGAGGCCAAUUUUCAGGAAAUGCUUCCACACCGCGUACUACUUCCUCGACUAUCCGCCCCGCAACGUGCCCACGCUUCAAGAAUGGGAGAACAGCGAGCAGGAUGGAGAACGUACCGCGGUCGCCAUUCAGAAAUUCGUACAACACGUUGCGAGUUUACACGCGGACGGGGACAUCGGGUUCAGCAAGGAAUACGAGUUCAUUCAAUCGGAAAGUGGCAAAUUCACCGCAGAGAAUUCCCAAUACGUUGAGAACAAGGCGAAGAACCGAUACUUGAAUAUAUUGGCCUACGACCAUACUCGAGUGCAGUUGUUAUCAUGCGGCGGAGGACCCCCGAAGAAGGGUCACGAUUACGUGAACGCGAAUUACAUCGACGGUUGGCAGCGUACGCGUGCGUAUAUUGGUACACAAGGACCACUGCCACCGACUUUCGAUGGAUUCUGGCGUAUGGUAUGGGAACAAAGGGUAUCGAUCGUUGUUAUGAUCACCAAUCUCGUCGAACGUGGUCGUAAAAAAUGUGAUAUGUACUGGCCUAAGAAGGGAUCUGAGACUUAUGGCUAUAUUCAAGUGACUCUGUUGAGAGAGGAUGUUAUGGCUACGUACACCAUUCGUACCCUUCAAAUUCGUCACAUGAAGGUCAAGAAGAAGAAGAAUGGAGUAAAUAUGGGAGAACGUAUCAUUUGGCAAUAUCAUUACACCGGAUGGCCUGAUCAUGGUGUACCAGAACAUCCGUUGCCGGUUCUGAGCUUCAUCCGGAAAUCUUCCAAUGCCAAUCCUCCGGAUGCAGGACCAAUCGUUGUUCACUGCAGCGCUGGCGUUGGACGUACAGGCACCUAUAUUGUAAUUGACGCUAUGCUGAAACAAGCCAAGUGCAAGAACGAAGUGAACGUAUUUGGAUUCCUAAAACACAUCCGCACACAGCGGAAUUUCUUGGUCCAAACCGAGGAACAAUACGUGUUCAUUCAUCAUGCUUUGCAAGAAGCUAUUGAAAGCGGUGAAACUAAUAUUGAGGCAAACAAUCUAUUAGAAUAUGUUCAAGACAUGCUGAAUCCUAAUAAUUCCAAUAUCGAGGCAUGGAACAAUCUUGAAGCUCAGUACAAGCUGGUGACUUCAUGGAAACCGAAAGAAUUCAAUCUUGUCUCCGCGAUCAAACCGUGCAAUCUUCACAAGAAUCGUAACCAAGACGUUAUCUCAAUCGAAACAGCUCGCGUUCAUCUGACGCCGAAGCCCGGAAUCGAUGGAAGUGACUACAUCAACGCUACAUGGAUUGCUGGCUUCCAUCGCAAUCGUGAAUUCAUCAUUACCCAACAUCCAAUGGAAAAUACAAUCAUGGAGUUCUGGCAAAUGAUGUGGGAUUACAAUGCGCAAACUGUAGUUAUGCUAACCGAAUGCGACGAAGAAUAUCCCGAAUUUUGGCCUACCGAGGGAAAAGAUUUAGAGUCAGAGACAUUUCGCGUACGAUUUUGUGGAAUCAAGGAAACCGCGAGCGGAAUGAUCUUGCGCGAAGUUGCGGUCCGAUCUCUGCAAGACGAUUACGAAUUGAGUGCCAAAAUCGUCCAAGGACCGCGUUCCCAACCUGGCUUUUGGCCACACAAUACCAAUCCGAGACCACUUGUAACCUUGAUUCACGAUUUACAUCGGGAUUACCAAAACGGCCCUAUUGUCGUAAUGGAUAGGUUCGGUGGCGUCGAGGCUGCAAUCUUUAUUCUGCUCACCACAUUGAAUAAGCAACUAGAGUUCGAGGAUAGUGCUGAUAUUUAUAUGUUCGCGAAGUUAUUGUACAUGAAACGACCCGGAGUCUUCCGAUCAAAGGAGGAUUACGCGCUAUUAUAUCAAUGCCUGGAGACAAUGCUGUCAUCAAAAACUCACGACGAGCCGGAUCUAUACUCAAUGGCCAAUGGUCACGUGUCCACGAUAACAGAUCCCACCGAUGUACCUACCUCGUCGAUGCAACACAUGCAGAUGGAUUAUUCUCCUAAACCAACGAUGAUCAGAGAAUACGCGACGGUGGAAGUGAAUUCCAUGUCCGAUUAUUCUAUUCCGAUUCGAGUGGAUCACUCGAUGGAACCGUGUAGUAGUAGAAGCAGCGAGAGCUGCAUGUUCGCCCACACGGGAAACGAGCACGAGAAAAACAUAGUUAUGACCCAUCGGAAUGUAAGCUAUCACAAUCACCCGGGCAGUGUCUCCGUUAUCGUUGACGCGAACGGUUACGUGACGAAUGGCAGCAUGCGUAUGAGACCAGAGGGUAUGGAGUCGAGCUGCAAAAUGUUGCCUCAAUGAUGCCUGCCGAUCUUCGGUUGCAGUGUUUCCUCGAGCCGGUCAGAACCGCUGUAACCGAUCGAGCUACUCACUGCCCGAAGUGUAAUCCUGAUUCUGCUACAGCGUAAGGAGUUCCAAAUUGGACACGUCUUCGCACAAACGGAAGAACGGCAAAUCGAUCCUAGGAUCAGCCUGAAGAGGAUUCUCAAGCACCUUUAGUGUAAAUAAUUGAUCGCGUUAGCUUAUGCGCGUGUACGUGUACACUCUCGAGGACGUCGAAUGACGAGGGUACGCGUACACGCGGUAUAGAAAAAAAGAAAAAUGAGGGUCCUGUUUUUGGUGUAGCUGGGUGCCAAAAACCACUUAUUAAAGCACGCCACCCUGGACCUUCGUUUAAUGUUGUUCAUCGUGUAAGUGUACACUACUCGUUUUUUUCUGUAUAUAUCCACACAGACACAUUUUCGCGCGUAUCGUGCACAUAACAUACUUACAUAACAUUACUCAUCACGCGUACACGCACUUCACCCUACGACCAUACAUAUACACACGCACGUAUAUUUAGAUGUACGUGUAAACACCUUUAUAUAAGUUGGAUCAUAUUCGAUCACUUCUUUACCAAAGAAUCGUUUAUAUUCGCUCUCGUUUCGUUUUAAGUCCCUUUCUAAGGUUUUAUCGUUCAGCCGAAGACUGACCAAUCGAAUUCGCACUGUCGUGCACGCGUUGCGAUCUAUAAAUAAAAUCCACUAUCGUUUCUUACUUUAUAAUCAAAGAAGAACAUCGCGCUAAUCGAAUUCGAUAUGCUUGCAUCCCUCUGUCUCUUUUCGCUGCAGCGAACAUGCAAUGUCACAAGGAAUUGAAGAUCCAAACAUUGUUCGUAAACGCGUCGUCGUGCGUCUAUUCGACUUUCUCGAGGUUGAUGGAAUGAGUCGUCCAGCGGAAGGCAAAAUACGUUAAAUAAAAAAGAAAGGAUCAACGGAUGAAAAUCAUGUGGACGGAACGCGAUUAAAGUCGCGCAGGCGCGAGUAUUUAACGAUUUAUCAUGAUCCGUGAGAAUGAUAGCAAACCGUGACCAAUCGCAGCUCGAUCGCUGUAAAUUAACUCGGUGGAAAAUAGAUAACCGAUAGCAAACGUGAAACCUGUUUUUGCGAACGUAUCAUGUCUGUACGCGAAGGAGAGAAUGUGAGAGAGUAAGAGAAUGCGAACAAAUGUAGCUUGUUUAUCAUCCUAUCUAAUUAAUUAAUGUCGUAAUCCAUUCCUAACGUGUAAGAUUUGAAUUAAGCAAAACGUGGAAAAUGUGCUACGUCUACGUGAACUUUUCUUCAUCGCGGUAUUUCGUUGUCCCGCGUGAUUUCCGACCUGGCCAAUCGAGCAUCGAGACGCGACAGAAAGACAAAGAACAAGCUACGACGACGACAAUCUGAAGCGUUCGAUAAUUAACGAGAUUAAUUUCCAAUCGUGAUAUCAGAGAUGACCUUGAUCGGUAUAUACCGGAUCAAUGGAGAUUGAGCAGCUUUUAGACUAACGUUGUCCAAAUUCAUGUGAUCCAGCGAGAUUCUUCAUUGUGAUAUAAAAAAGAAGAAAAGAAGAAAAAAGAAAAAAAAAACAGAAAAAUAGAAUUCGACGCUGUUGUAAAAUUUAUUCUAGCCACAAGUUCCUUUGCCAUGCGGUCAUUUUUCUAUGAGAUCUAACAUCCGGAAGACUGUUCUCUCAUCCAGAAUUCUUAUAUACACUUAUAUGCGUAUUGCUAAGUCGGCAUAAUUUACGUGAUACGGAAACAAUAACUGCCUGUGACACCUUCGAUCCAUCUUCUAUACGUGUUUUUUACCAUCUUAUAUACGUUGUGACUAAUCGUUGACGAACGAUCUAUCGUCCUUCGUUUUUACAUUUUACUGCCGAUUAACGAUCGACGACGUGAAAGUUUAACAAAAAAAAAAGCAUGAAAAAAAUCUCAAAAAAAUCUGUAUAUGUAUAUGUGCAUGUAUGUAACCGUGUCCGUAUUAAUAAGACGUAUGUAAACGUAAUUCACGACUGAACGACUUUUUAAACUCGUUAUCGGUUUUUAACUGGAUGUCGAUGUAGUCUACUUAAACGUAAAACCGUGCUUCUUCCUUCGGGCUGAUCGACGCGAUGGAACGAGGAACCAAGGUCAUUUUACAGUGUAAAUCAUCACCGUUCUUAUCACCGUUUUAAUAUUUGACGACACUCGACAUACCUUUAUCAGAACGAAAUCCAAACGUUGAUCAGCGUGAUUUGAAGCAGUUCGUUAAGGGAUCCUGAAGGAAAAUUAGAAAACUUAAGGCUUAGAUAUAGUUCGCGCCGAUGAGAAUAUCAGCGGGUUGUAUUUCUUGCUAACUUUCGGACACAUCAGCUAAGAAACAUAGUAAGCCAAGAAAAGAGAGAGGUGGGAGGGCGAAAGAGAUGCAGAAGCGUAUAAAUCGAUGUACGACAGUUGCGACAUUCGACUACCCUUUGGUAGACCUAUCUUUGGCUUUCUUGCCCUCUGUUUCACAAGAAUGUAGACUUUCGUUAAACGAAUUUGAUCCUAGAGAUAUGUUCAUCAUUUUUCGAUCGAUACGAUCGUGAGUCUCAUGUGCAUCGUUUCGACAGAUAAAGGAACGUUGUCGAUGAUUCAGUAACUAAGCGAGCGUAACCGCUUGGAGCCUUAUAAUGGAAGGCUUCUGACGAAUCAGAGAAACCGAGCCGACGUCCAGCGUCGAGCACAGCGUUCGUGGAUGACGAUCAAAGACUAUUCGAUUCUUUCUCGUUGAUAAUUGCGACUUGAAUUAUUUGAAUCUCGAUAGAGAUUUUAUUACAAAAAUCGAUUGAUACAUUUCGUAGAGAAAGAACGAAUGGUAGUUGAGUCUUAUGUAUCAUCCGAUAAGAUAGAAAACGCUCGAGCUGGACAGAAACAAAACGGUGCCUUCCUGCUCGUGAGCACAGGAAGGGAAGGCAUCGCGAAAGUAGAUAAUUCCUUUGGGCCGAUUGGGCCAGCGAAUCCCUCCCUACAACGAGAAAGAGCUAAAAAUGUCUGUACCAUAUGCGAUAUAUUAAUGUAAUAUCGGUUCCGCUGUAAUUAGGGAUAAUUAGAACGCGAGAUUGUUGUUGACUCGUGCAAAGACGUGUCUGGACGCCAACUAUACACAUCGUAUACAUACAAAGUAUAUACACCUGUAUACAAAGCAACGGAUGCACGCUAUAAUACCGCUGUUAAAAGUGCACGGAGAAUUGACGACGAGCUCUUUUAGCAUAAAAAUAGUACACCACCGAACGAACUGACUGUUGUUAACUUGCUUAAACGAGCGAAAAUGAAUCACACGACAAAACGCAUCGUAUACAUAAAGAGAGAAAAAGGUAUAUAUAAAUAUAAAUAUAUAUAUAAAAUAUAAAUAUAUAUAAAUAUAAAUGCAAAUAUAAAUAUAUUAUAUUCAGAUAUUUAUGAUAUGAGAAGUGGAAAGCUACACAUUGUAACGUCACGUUUCGAAUCGCCACGCGAGAUACCGUGAUUAGCAUGCAUGUGUGCGUACGUAGAAUUUAUUGAAAUUUUCGCGGGUGUUCUCGAGAAUUGAGCCGUGUGAUAGAGUAAUGGGCGGCUCGCGUGGACACCGUCACUUCAAGUCCCUCCCAUCGACGCGGAACACGGAGGAAAAAUCAAAAGAAACAGAACAUUUUCCUCGCUUGCGUGAUGUCACGGUACCUGCGUCACGGAACGGCGUCGAAUACGAAUCUGUACUGUAUUUUACGAUAAGCACCGUAAAUUCUGAAUGUACCUAUACGGAUACAAAAGAAUGAUAUAAAAAUGAGCUGAGAGGAAGAGUGUGUAUGAGUACGAGUGUGCAUGAGAAAGUAAGUAGAUGUGCAACGAAGGAUGUAUGUGGAUCGAUCGAUUCCUGGGAGGAUCGGUCGUCGCAUCGUUUAUACAUAUAUAAAUAUUAUACAUAAUUAAUUCGGAGGAUAAACGAGAUAGGUGUGUAUAGAAAAAUAAUUUAGACUCUAGUCAGCAUAACACAAUCGUAAUCGACGACGCACACGUUUUUCUUGUUCAUUUCGUUUCUUUUCUUACUUUGUCACGGGAGAACGCGUUAUUCACGUCGUUCCCAUCGUUGUUUCUCUGUACUCGAUGCGUUCGGGUUUUUUUCCACGUAAGAGACGAGUUGUAAUGAACGCGUGGCUGCGUUUACGGCUGUUCGUUUGCUCGGAAGGGGUGCGUUGACGCGGUGCGGACUAAAACAGUGCGACGUUCGUGGUAAUUGUCGUUUCUGUUCUCCUCGUCUUUUCUUAAUCCUGUCUUUACUUUCGCCUUUUUUAUAAUUAUCUCUUUUCACGUUGUUAGCAAUAAUUAAAAUUAAUUCCUCUGAUUAAUAAUAAAGGAUUCGAUGCUUCUAUCUUUUUUUCCUAAAUGUUAUUGUACACGAGCUUCCGUUACAUAUGUUCUGAAAAAUCGUGAUGAAGAUUCUAGAACGAUGCGAUGAACGGACUGCAGACGCAGCCAUCGAAAGCCCGAUAGAAGAUAAGUGUUCGAUAAUGUAAACGAGCGUGUAAACACGCGUAUCGAAGGCCUACACGAACCUCGAGGUGUCGCUUGAAAAUCUGCGAAACGUUCGCGAGCGAGCCAAAUUUUCGAAGAAAAAUCGGGAACGCGCCGCGAAUAGUUCGUUAAUAAAUGGCAACGAGUAAAGAAAAGUCGAACGCUUGAUCGUACAGUCGACCAAAAGUCAUUAGAGAAUUAGCGAGGCAAAAAUAUCAUCGGAGAAAUCGGUUCUAGCGUUUAGAGGUAAAUUUCAGGUCGACCACGAUGUUACAUUAUUCGAAUUAGAGAAUCCGCGCGCGGGGAACGUACAACGUCACGCCACCGUAAGACUGCAAACACGACAAACAAACGAAUUAAAGCAACAAAAAGAAAAAAAAAAAGAAAAAAAUGAGAAAAGACCGCGACCGACAAGAACGGUGUUUUUUACGAUUAUUAUAGUAUAUUACGAUUAUUAAUACGUUUCCUUUCCGGCGUUAGUUUCCGCAGCAUCGAGUCAAUCGACGCGCGACAUUUAAAUGCAAGUAUUCGCACAGGCCUACGAUAAGAGAAACUCUUUAUAUACGUAUCCAUGAUGUUUCACGUGUACACUAAAUAAACAAAGCAUUAAUUGUCAUUCAGCUAAUCGAUGAUCGGACAUGACAUGCGUAGCGCUCUAGAAAAAAUAUGGGAUAAUGAUGAUACACCGAGAAGCUUUUGCCACCUAUGAAAAUGGCGGAACGACUUUUCACUUGCGUUUCACACUUGCAAUUGGCCUAAUCGAUGGGUCCCAUCAUCUCCGACCUUUUUCAUUCCUCGAACCCUGAAAUUUUGAAUGGCACGCUACUUCCGCUAGCACGGCGACGUCGUAAUGGAACUGCAUGGCAGAAAAACGGAAAUGCAAGGAGACGCGCUAAGAAGACGGAUUUAUGUGAAGGUUAAUUUUCUGUUCGUCAUGGAUUCUAGCAAUAUUGCGUACGUAAUCAAAGCUAAUCGAUCGUAUAAUUGACUGACUGAGUGUGCAAAUAACUUCCCGCGAUGAUAGCUCGUUGGCGAACAGUAUUCGCGCGUAUACAUUUUUUAUAAUCGAUGAUUUUUCUUCCUAGUUAAUCGUAAUUCGCAACGGAACGACAUCGAAGAAAAUUUUCUCCACGUUCGCCAGCUAGCGUUGUACUAGUUUCUGAGAAAUUGCGCUGCAGUUUCAUUACGACUAGCAUGCGAUGUUUCAAUUCGAUAUAGUACAAAAAUUUGCGAAGUUGGAAAAACUCGAAGAACAAGAUAUAUACAUAUAAAUUGGAGAACAGCUAAUAACUCGAACGAUCAAGAUUGUAACAUGUCCGUUUACCUUAAACGAUCGUACGAUGCUUCGAUUGUUCUCGACCACAGCUACGCUAAAGCGAAAAGUUGGAAGAAAUGCACAGUGGAAACAGGCAAAAGAUACACGUAUGUCCUUUCACCGUAACAGUAUCUUGACCAAUUAAAUACUAAGCUAGCAUGGAUGUAUACACACUGAGAUAAAUGUUAACCAGUUACCUGCGUAAUACUCAAUGUUAAGUGUCGAACUGAUGCUCGUUCAGAUUUUUCUUGACGGCUGUCCUCGCUCGUGUGAACCUCACGGUUUUCUUUCUUCCAUUUGCGCAAAACGAAACAUUGCCAACGACUGUCUGCCAAUCGUUUACGCGAAUUUUUUAAACAAACGAAGAAAAAAAAAAAGAAGGAAGCAAACGGAGCAAAACGAGAAAAAAAA